CCGCCUGACUGAUUUUGUGGAGGAUGAAGCUGAACUAUCAGGAAGUGAGUACGACACUGAUGAGAAUGUUGAUGUUGCUGAAGAAGAUGAUAUUCUAGAGGAAGAAGCCGGCGAUCAGGACCUACUGGGUGUUUCGCAGGAGAAACUAAGGGAUGAAGUUGGUAGACUACACAUGAAACAACUUCGAGACGAUGAUGAUCGGGCUGUGCUGAGGUAUAAGGAGAUGUAUCUGCAGGAUGGGGAUCUGUAUUCAGAGGGGGCUGGUCGCAACCGGAACUUUCGAUGGAAAGAUGUUGAAUAUCAGUCGCAGCAAGAAACAUUUGCCUACAAUUCAGACGAGGGCCCAACUGAAGAGGAUGCAGAAGAUGCUAACUGGAGAAAGGAUCGUUUUGAAAGAGAACAGUUUCUGGAGAAAAAGGAUUGUGGUCCAGACACUGGUGUAUGUCAGCUGAUCAAAUUGGGGCAGUUUUUCCUCAAGAAACAAGUCGUCCCUGUAUGUCUGUGUUUUUCUAGUCAUGCCUGUAUGUCUGCAGUCAUCCCUGUCCAGAGAAAAGGCUCAUUCUUGUCCAGAGGAAAAGAAAGUCUCGGUAAACUAGCUGAAGUUGUUCAGACAACACAUGGUGGCCAUGCAGGCAGGAACUCCCGCAAUUUUCUCUUCCAGACUGUUGAUGGCCCCAAGGAUGAUGGUGACAAAACUGAUGAGGUUGGUCAUUGCUCUCUCUCUCUCUCUUUUCAGUUGCAGUCAAGAAUCCUUGGCAAACGCAAGGCUCAUACUGUGUGCAUAUCUGACACAUCCAAGAAAGCCAAACUGGCAAACACAUCUUCUAGUACAUCUAGGGAGAAGUCAGAGCAACCACAGCGCCACAGCAGCAUUUUUGAUUUAUUUUCAGAUGCAUAA